AUGGACACAGUGAUUGCAACACUACAAGAGUGCAACCUGAGUGCUUCUCAAUUCAUCAUAUCAAUUCUAAGGUGCCAAAAAUAUCACAGACAUCAUCUUGCCGAAGAUCUUCUUGUCCAUUCUGAUGAAAUUAUUGAAGCUUUGAUUAAGCAUCCUUCUCGUCAAGACAACAAGUCGCAACCCACUGCAAACCACGAUGCUCUGAGACAGCAAUACAUCACAGAGAUUAAAUUGAUCUCAUCUGAAGAAGUGGGCUGGCAUUUUGGACCCUCGCAUGCAACUACACAACAGCUGGAGGAGUUUAGCAUCGAGGAAAUGGGAACUGAAAUGCAGUCUCGUGCACCUGCACUAUGGGAUUUGCUUGGGCUUUUGCUAGGGGCCGAUAGUUCAUCUUCAUUCGAAGACGUGAAAAAUGCCGAUGGAGAUAUUAUGAUGGGCAGCUUGCAACGGACUAGCUCUGAGGUAUAUGAUGAAGAGGAUGACUAUUGGGGUGAUGUAGACGACUUAGAUCUUGAUGCACAUACUACGACGAAACAAACCAUGCGGCGAUCUGCAGUCAUCAUGAUAAAAUGUGUCGUCAUACUUGGUAUUUUGAUGCAAAGCACGAAUCGUAGAUCAAAUGCCUUGCAAAGUAUACUCGGCAUAUUCUUACAGUCGACACACACACCCCAGAAGGUGAUCGAUACACUUGCAUGCAUCGGAAUCUCGAUAUCUACAGACUCAAUCAAUGCCGCAAUCCGAUCAUUGUCAACAGAGUCACAGAAUACUCUCCAAACCCUAGGAAAAUCACUCCUCGCCUCGUAUGCAUACGACAAUUUCGAUGUUGAUCUGAAAUCUCAAGUUCCUCUUGCUGAGAAGUCAAAUGACUCGUUAAAGCAUCUCACCUCUGGUUUGCUGUUCCCAUUGCAGCAUGGUGUUACCGCAGAUGACUUAAAAUGUUCCGAAGAGCUAUGGAGACAAUCAGCGUUAAAUUCCCAUGUUCCGCUCUCAACGCUACCUCCGAAAAGAUCAUGGAAAGAUCUUUUACGCAUCCACCCAGAAUCCAAGGACAAUUCCACACCGCAACUCUCUCGGCGCGAUCAAUUCAAUGCGCGGAUGUUCCUGUUGGAUUUAUGUGAACAUGGGCCUGAGUAUUUUCGUCAAUUUCAAUCCGAGAUUCCCAAGCUGGACGCUGUAGAGGAGAUACCAUUAGUCAAAACGUCAAUCACAGCUGCACGUGCGAUGGACAUCAACAAUUCAACCGUCAGCGGGAAUAUUCAUGCAGUCGUGGAACUACUUGCCCAAGGUGGUGUACACGAUCCCACCGACACCAACAUUCCUGACAAUCCCAACAUCUCGCAAUAUAUCAUCUUGAUUCACGUGGAGGCAACCCCAUGGAACCGCUUCCAGCAUGUUGUCUUCAUUCCGGGAUUGUUCCACUUGAAGAUGGCGUGUGCUGAUGCUAUUUGGAGAACCUUCCUGCAGCCAUUAGCAGCCAGAGAGGAUGAAACAAGUCUAAUGCGCGACGUAACACAAUUGCAACCCAAGGAGACAGGAAUAUAUUGCUCGAAGCCUGGUUUUAGGCAGAUGCACCAACUCAUUGGCCACGCUGGCAUAUGUUGGCGUCUUGAUUGCUGGCGUGUUCAUGUGGCGGGUAUGGACCCAAGUUAUACGAGCCUUGAUGCUUUUGCAGCGUCCAAACCGGACCUUGAGAAGUUGAAGAGUACUGCUAAUGAGAUCGCACUCAAUUGGGUGGCAAAUCACAAGCUGCUGCGGACGCGCCGUAAGACUCGAGAACAGCGUGAUAUGCAGUAUGAAAAUGCACUCCUACUCAACAAAUACUUCCUCCUCUAUGAGGAGCUAUCUUACUCGAUGAAUCACAGGGACAUUGGGCGAGUCGAGACGUCCAUAGUUGCAUGGAUCCCAAUCCUUAAGGCAACAGGAAAACAUAAGUAUGCCACUCAUAUGAUGAAUUUUCUAAUCAAUACGCACUUUGUUUUCCCCGCUGGCCUGAAACACGCUGUGCGUUACCACAUACUCGUCAACCCAACUGGAAAGCCAAUGAAAUGGCGCGCAGUUGAUUGGUGUGUUGAGCUCAACAACCUGUUUACCAAGGUGAAGAAUGGCGGGACGGGAUCAAACCAUACCAUAGAGCGAAUUUUCAUUGAAUCGCCUCUUGUCCAGGCCUAUCGAAACACUCAAGCCAUCGUGCAAAAAAAAUUUCUGCACGCCCACCUUACCACAGAUCAUGCUGCCCCGAACAUGAUAAAGUCAUUUCAAGGGCUAUCUAACAAGAUGGUAGCGCAAUCCCCCCAUACUGUGGUGCUAGGUAGAAAAAUGCGUUGUGAGAUUCCUGAUCUUGUCGACAAAGGGAGAGAGAUGAUGGAAAAAGCAGCUUGGGGAGAGGGUAACAAUGAAUCUAAUGCAGAGAUGGAAGUUUGA